AUGACAGGUCAUAUGAAGGUCCUUAUGAAAUUCACAAAUGACCCCAUAAUGCAUAUGAGGGACUCAGUAGCUCCGAUACUAGUAAUUUCUAGGAAUUUCAAGGUAUCUAUUGCGGACCGAGCAUCCUGGAGCACAGGAAACCCCUACACCAAACCCGGAGCUGAAGUUUGGUACACUGACGAAUCAAAACUUGAAGAUGGAAAAACAGGAGCUGGUAUAUUUGGGCCGAAUUUUAAAAGAUCGAUACCAAUGGGCAGCUACCCCACCAUUUUCCAAGCAGAGAUUCAUGCGAUCGAUAUCUGUGGCAGAGAAUGCCUCAGAAGAGGCACAUCCUCUAAAAACAUCUGCAUUAUGUCGGACAGUCAGGCUGCCUUGCUAGCACUGAGGUCCCACAUAAUAACAUCCAAACUAGUGUACGACUGCCUCAACACCCUAAACGGUCUUGGAAGCAAGAACACAGUAUUACUGGGCUGGGUGCCGGGGCACGAGGGCCAUGACGGCAAUGAACAGGCGGACCGCCUAGCAAAACACGGAGCUACCACACUAUUCCAUGGCCCGGAACCCUUCUGCGGGCUCACCAAAGCCCACUUAAGGGAGGUCAUAAACAAGUGGGUCGACAAAAAAUUCGAAAGGCACUGGAAUGAAUGUCCGGCGCAAGGACAAGCUAAGCAGUUCAUCUGUCCAUCACAAGAAGCUUCAAAAAAGCUCAUAAAUCUAGGCAGGGAGGACCUUCGAACUCUCACUGGGUACUACACGGGACAUUGUUCCCUGCGUUAUCACCUCAGUAAAAUGAAUCUUUCAGACACGAGCGUCUGUCGCUUCUGUGAGAUGGACGAAGAAACGCCAGAACACAUCCUUUGUGAAUGUGUUGCUCUCGCUAGACGCAGACUCGCUCACCUAGGUGGUACAACACUUAAUCCAUUCGAAAUAUGGAACAAAAAGCCCACCGAAGUGCUAGCUUAUAUUAAAAGCCUUCAUAUAUAG